AGGAACAGCCGCGCAGGGGAGGCGGGGCUGAAGGCGGGCCGGGGACGUGCGGCGGCGCACGGCAGGGCUCGGAGGUGCGGAAGAGCGGCCCGCGCACCGCCUGCCCUCAGGACGAGGCGUCGAAGCGCCGCUGAUGAGUCUCGCUCGGCGUGCCGCCCGGAGGCUGCUCGCCCAGGUGCACGGUGCCCCCAAAGCUGCUUCCAAGAAACUCAGCUUCUGCUGGGAAAUGGCUCGGCCCAGUUCGAACAUGGCUGAUUUCCGAGAAGUGUUUGCCAAAGCAAAGCAUAUCGCCAUCAUUACCGGAGCCGGUGUGAGCGCCGAGAGCGGCGUUCCUACCUUCAGAGGGGCCGGAGGUUUUUGGAGAAAGUGGCAAGCACAGGAGUUGGCCACUCCCGGGGCGUUUGCACGCAACCCUUCUCGCGUGUGGGAAUUCUAUCAUUACCGCCGCGAGGUCAUGCUGAGCAAACAUCCCAACGCUGCACACAUCGCCAUUGCUGAGUGUGAAAAGCGGCUGAGAAAGCAAGGCAGGAGCGUGGUGGUCAUCACCCAGAAUAUCGAUGAACUGCACAGGAAGGCGGGCACAAAGCACCUCCUGGAGAUUCAUGGAAGCUUAUUUAAAACUCGAUGCACCAACUGUGGAAAUGUGACUGCGAAUUACAAGAGUCCGAUCUGCCCGGCGUUGGCUGGGAAAGGGGCUCCAGAUCCGGAAACAGAAGAUGCCACAAUUCCAGUUGAAGAACUUCCUCAGUGUGAGGAAGAUGGCUGUUACGGCCUUCUUCGUCCCCACGUUGUGUGGUUUGGUGAAGCCCUGGAUCCAGAUGUUCUCACAGAGGUGGAGAAGGAACUCGAACUAUGCGACCUCUGCUUGGUGGUGGGAACCUCCUCCGUGGUGUACCCUGCUGCCAUGUUCGCCCCUCAGGUGUCCUCCAGAGGAGUGCCGGUGGCGGAAUUCAACAUGGAAGCCACUCCUGCUACAGACAGGUUCAGGUUCCACUUCCAGGGCCCCUGCGGGACCACGCUGCCGCCUGCGCUGGCCCGGCACGAGUCCGAGAUCAUCGCCUGAAGCGGGGCGGGGGCGGGGCGAGGCGGCGGGCCCCGAUCGCGCCAAUAAAGCCUGCAGCCGGCC